CCUCUCUCCGUCCCUCUGCCUCUCUUUGUCUCGCUCUGCUUAUCUCCGCCGCGAAAGAAGGAAUUCGAAUGGCUUUUGCGAUCGGUCUCCCUCAUAACCUGCUUCUGCCCAGUGCCUCCCGUGGCAAAUUACAGGUGAAAUCGUGCUCUCAGAUUCAGAUUCAGAUUCAGACCAAGAAACGAUGCUUGCGAUGCCAUACGCUUUACUCUGAUCAAGAAAAUUCUCCAACUGCUUGUUCUUUCCAUGGCCACGCCAACGGGGAGAAGGGGUUGUUCUCGUUGGCGCCGCCACACCAAGGGAUAGAUGGGGAGUGGACGGACGAAUCAGGAGUGAUUGUGUACAAAUGGAAUGACAAAGGCAACAGACCCAACACAGGUCGCCCCAACUGGAAGAGACGGUGGAGCUGUUGUGCCGAGUAUGAUGAGAAUACCCCUCCUUGCCGACGAGCCUCCCAUGUCUCCUAUGAUGAUGGUUUCACUUUGUACUAACCAUAUUCCCCCCCCCCCCCAAAAAAAAAAAGUUCCCCUUGUAUAUAAUGCUUUCGAUGUAUAUUUAGAGGAAAACAUCACUUCAAAGAGCAUAUUUAUCUUUAAGUAUUCUACCUCUCAUCCUUCAUAUA